AUAACAGUGAAGUAUCUUCCCAAAAUGUGCUAAUACAAGCUAAUAUGUCAUAGCAUACUUUGGUGGGUUCAUAAAUGGUCAUAGUAGGGGGGAGUCACGAGGUUUCAGUGGCUUUUAUCUUCAACGACGACGUGGUGGUUGAUCUUGGAGCCACCUGGCCGUGUUUGGGAACGUCAGGACUUCCCGUGAAGGCAACGUGAAGUCAUUGAUCAUUUUAUGCAUCUCAGACGUGAGAUGGCUGGCACGUGCAGCUUUAGACCCGCCAAACAGCUGCAGCCCGCUUCUUCCCGUCACGUGACCGUGUGAACCAUGCCCUUUUUUUUCGGGUUCCUUCGCCUCUGGCGAUGCUAUUGAAACACAUGAAAACAUUUUUACACGCCGUCAGCCCCCCCUUUUCCCAUCCCCUUCCACGCCGAGGCCUCACAUUGAUUUGCGUGGCCGUGGAAGCCGAGCAGAUGGUGGUGUAACUUGAUAAAUGAGACAGCCAUGUUUGUCUUUUGUCAGCUCGCUCCGCCUUCUAGUACUUGCUUGGAGACAUCUUCUGUAUACCAGAGCUAGUACAAGUACUAGUACUAUAGUACACCAGGGGUGUCCAAACUUUCCCAUGCUCUUGAAGGCCACGUAGUGAAAAAUUAAAGGAAACGACUAUUUUGGCUCUUUUCUCACCCAUUUUUUGUAGUUUUUUAACUAUUAAACAUUCCUACGUUUUUGACACUUUUUUGUUUUGUUUCUCACAAGUAUUUUUCUGUAAUAUUUCAAUCCUGAAAUUACAGGAUGUUUUUUUUCCUCCUUACCGUACCAAUUUUCUGCCUCUUCGUAUUUUGGACUUUAUUCUCCUCAAAUGAAAGCUGUUUUUUCCCACCUUUUUUAUUCUCCUAACUACAACUCCAUUCCCGUAAUGUCUGGACUUUAUUCUGCUAACAUUACAGCUUUAUUCGUUGUUUUGUUUCUCCAAUUCCGUUUUUUUCUGCCACUAAAACGAGGUUAUAAUAUUCCACAUUAUUCUCACACAAGUACAACCUUAACCUAAACAUAAAUGUUUAUGUCUUUAUGCUUCACAAUACAACAUGAAACAACAACAAAAAAGACGCAGAUAUUUGUGGACAAAAGGGAUAUUUUAUUACAUGAGUUACGGUAGACAUUGACAUGAAUUGUCCUAGCUUGAAUGAUUGAAGUGUGGUGCGCGUGUCACUGUUGGGGACACGUGCCGCGCGCAUGUCACAAACACUAUAUGAGCGAGCUAGGAAGAGGAGAGAGAAAGAGAGAGAGCGAGAGAGGUGGCACGUGCUUCCUGUGUGUACCCGCCAUUGACGUCCCCGCUCGUCGGCCAGGAUGGAGGCGACUCGUCCUCUGAAAGCAGACUUCAAAUAAAAAUCAAACCCUUCAACUUUUCUUGCUCUUUGCCUCCAUUUUUAAGAAUAGUUCGAUUCCGCCGGAGUUUGUCAUCUUUUGGAGCAGCAGAAGCUCAUUGACGCAGCUCAGCCUGUUUCCCUUCUGUCCUUAUCCGCCCGGGGAACUCUUAUGCGGCUCCUAAAGUAGCCCCGAGCCGAUUUUCAGAUCAGAAGGGCCAGCCCGUCCACCUGCUUCCAGGAAUGGAGUCCGUACCCGGAAGAGAAUCCAGCCUCUCCCCGAGUCCCAAGCAGGACACGAUAGGCCAUCCGGGCGCCUUGAAACCGAACCAAGUGAGCGAGACCUCCCUGUACGGGGUGCCCAUUGUGUCCCUGGUGAUAGACGGCAAGGAGAGGCUGUGCCUGGCUCAGAUCUCCAACACCCUGUUGAAGAACUACAGCUACAACGAGAUCCACAACCGCAGAGUGGCUCUGGGGAUCACAUGCGUGCAGUGCACCCCGGUUCAGCUGGAGCUACUUCGGCGCGCGGGGGCCAUGCCCAUCUCAUCCAGACGCUGCGGUAUGAUCACCAAACGGGAAGCCGAGCGGCUGUGCAAGUCCUUUCUGGGGGCGCACAGCCCACCGAAGCUACCCGAGAACUUCGCCUUCGACGUGUCCCACGAGUGCGCGUGGGGGUGCCGGGGCAGUUUCAUCCCAGCCCGGUACAACAGCUCCCGCGCCAAGUGCAUCAAAUGCGGCCUGUGUAGCAUGUAUUUCUCCCCGAACAAGUUCAUCUUCCACUCGCACCGGACCCCGGAGUCCAAAUACACGCAGCCGGAUGCCGCUAACUUCAACUCGUGGAGACGCCACCUCAAAUUGACGGAGAAGAAACCCUCCGAGGACAUCAACCACGCGUGGGAGGACGUCAAAGCCAUGUUCAACGGGGGUAGCAGAAAGAGAACGCUUCCCGCGGAGGGGGCACUGAAAGCGCAUGUUUCCUCCGCGCUCGGCCGCGCCGCGUCCCCGGAAGUGGCGAACAAGCGUCUCCGCGGCCUCGACGACGACAGGUGCGCGCCGAACUCGAACCCGACGUCAGCGAGCGGCGCGCGCAGCUACCCGCUCAUUCCGGUGCCGAGUAAGAACUUCGGCGUGCUUCAAAAAAUCCCUCCGCCCUUGUUUCCGCACCCACCGUACGGCUUCGCUGGGUACGGAUUGUGCCCCAAGAAAAGCGACGGCGUCCCGGAUGUGAGCAAAUCGAACGUCCCUGGUGUCUACUGGCCCUCCGCAAAGGACGCCAUAUACCCCGCUUUCCCAGUUUUCUGGCCCGCAGCCGGCGGCCUUCCUAUGCCACCAUACCCGAAACCUCUGGAUGUGCCCGGGCCGGACCAAAGCGAACGAGGCGCAAACACCCCCAAAGACCACGCUGGAUCCAGCAACAUAAAGGACAACGACAAGCCGUCGGAAGAGCCCCCCCACAGGAAGACGACAUACAUCUCGGCCUUCCGGCCCGUCGUCAAGGACUCAGAAAGCAUCGCUAAGCUUUACGGGAACCGAGACGUCUACGCCGUGCGGCCCGGGUACUUAUCCCCGGACUUUAUCAGCGAGACCUCCAGUUAUAGGUCCGCGUCCCCGGAUAGAGACACUCCGGAUGAUGACGACGACGACGACCCGGACGUGGACGUGGAGUCCAAUCGUGGGCAGGAGGACGAGGAGCCGAUCCGGGAGCAACUCGCACCGUGCAGCCCCGCCGCGGACUCUGUGCACACGGCAUCCGAGGAGGAGGAGGACACGCCGAGCCGGGAUUCAUCCCCUCUCCAUCAGGUGCAUGAAAAGGCGUUGGAGCCCCCCGAGCCAUCCAGCUGCAGCCCCCGCAGACCGGAAGGUGUGCGGCACGUGUCCCAAACGCCAGGAAACAUCACACCUUAUCGGGAGCCGAAGGACAAACAAGCCGAUGGAUCCUUACGUAUCGAUAUCAGCCUCCACGAAGGAGACCUGGAGAACAUGGCCAAAGAGGAGCUGCAGAAGCAACUUGUGGAGCAGAUGGAGCUGAGGAAAAAACUGGAGCGAGAAUUUCAACAUUUAAAAGAUAAUUUUCAGGACCAAAUGAAGCGAGAGCUUUCCUACAGAGAAGAAAUGGUCCAGCAGCUCCAGAUUGUUCGAGGAAGUGGUGAAAUAAGCCGACGUGUCCUGACUGAUGGGCUUGUUCCUCCCCAGAAGCUCACGACGCCCUUCAUCACUUCUCCUGCAAGAUGCUGACCCCUCGGCAGUGUAGCGGCGCCUGCACCUUUAAGCCCCCCCUGCUGCCCCCCUGAAGCCCCACACCACCCUCACACUCACACACACACACACACUUCCACUGUGUAGACCGGGAGUGUCCAGACCUGACAUCAAAAGGAUGCGGUACGGAUGCGGGGGUCACUUUGAUACAUUUUCUACAUGAAGGAUGCUCCAAUGCAAGCUAAUACAUGCUAAGCUAGCUGAUGAGCGGAAUAUGUAAUAUAAUAAUAAUAAUAAUAACAAUAUAACUCAUUAAUGAAUAAUCACUUCAUUUUCUUUUUAUACAUAUGCCCCCCGUGCCGCACUUUGGACACCCCCUGGUGUAGAUACUCCGCCCAUCCUAGCACUUGACUGCACUCAAACAAAAGAAGCCGGGAUUUAUUUCAACGUUGUUUUCGAGGAAUCCGCAAUUUUUCUCCUUCCUGUGUCGUCUGAAACAGCUAGCAUGCGGGAGUUAACGACGCGCCUAAGUCAACGCAUCAUAAUUAUUACAUCGGAAAGUCGGAAUUCUGACAUACAUUUUUAAAAUUAUGACAUUAAAAGGUCACAUUAUGAUACAAAGUCACAAUUCAUAGGUAAAAAAAAGUCCUAAUUAUGAAAUGGGAAGGUCAUCAUUAUGGGCUAAAAUUCAAAAUGAUGAAAUAAAAAGUCAAAAUUGCCAGAUAAAAAGUCAUAAUUCUGAGACAAAAUUUUGUGAUGAAAAAAAUGAAAAUGAAAAAAAAAUUACAAAGUCAAAAUAAAAAGUUGAAAUGAUUUAAUGAAAAGUCAUAAUUAUGCUAACGGGUCAAAAUUUUGAGAAAUUUUGAGAAUAAGUCACAAUUCUGACAUUAAAAAAAUUAAAUUGUGAGGUCAAAAGUUGGAAUUUUGAGAUUAAAAGGUAAAGAUUAUGAAAACAAAAAAAUCAUAAUUUUGAGACAGGAAAUUCAUCAUUACGAGAUGAAAUUCAAAAUUCUGGAAUAAAAAGUCAAAAUGAUGAAAAAUCAUAAUUAUGCUAACAGGUCGAAAUUAAAAAAGUCAAAAUUUUGACAGCAAAAAAGUCCAAAUUCUGACAUUAAAAAAAUUAAAUUCUGAGGUCAAAAGUUGGAAUUUUGAGAUUAAAAGGUAAAAAAUUUUAAACAAAAAAUCAUAAUUUUGAGACAGGAGGUCAUUAUGACGAAAUGAAAUUCAAAAUUCUGACAUUAAAAGUAAAAAUGAUGAAAAAUCAUAAUUAUGCUAACAGGUCGAAAUUUAAAAAAUCCAAAUUUUGAGACAAAAAAGCCAAAAUUCUGACAUUAAAAAAAAAUUAAUUCUGAGGUCAAAAGUUGAAUUUUGAGAUUAAAAAGUACAAAUUCUGAGAUAAUGUGUCAUAUUAUGGUAAAAAGUUAAAAAAUUAUGAAAUUAAAAAGUCAUAAUUACUAGACAAGAAAGUCAUCAUUACAAGAUACUAAAACUUCUAAAAUAAAAAGUCAAAAUUAUGAAAAGUUAUGCUAAUUAUGCUAACAGGAAAUUACGAGAUAAAAAGUCAAAAUUUUGCGAUUAAAACAUCAGAAUGCUCAGCUAAAGUCUCAUAUUAUGAUAAAAAGUAUCAUGUGUCCCAUUAUGUGCAUUGUUAGCUCCCUCAUGCUAACUCUUCAUACUGAGGUUUACCCAGACACGCAUUGUACUUUAAGUUGUGAAUGAAAUGAUAAUACUCUCAUAGCAAGGAGCCAGCUGUUGAUGACCCAUGGUGAAAAAGAGAAGGGAAAAGCACUACAGUAUAUACUACAUAGUACUACAGUAUAUACAGUAAUAUUCACGUGACGAUGUGCAAUGGCAUGUACUAUAUUUGUGAUGAUUUAGCUUUUAUGACAUUCAUUCCUCCAUCUUUAUUUAUGGUUUGUACCACUCUUACGUCUUGUAAAGCACUUUAAAAAAAAACAAGAAAAAAAGGGGGGCAACAUUUCUGCUUUUGUGGUCCCCAUAAAUACCAAAUGGUUGGAUCUGGAAAAAAAAGGAUGUCGGUGUGGAAAAAGCACUUCCGUGCAGCGUCCGUGUGCUCAUCAUGUAUGUCUGAGAUCAUGCAAUAAAAGAUUUUCUCCUAGCGUGUGCUCGUCCGUGCAUUUUGGAGAACCGGCCGGCCCAUGAGGUAGAUGGUAGGGGCGCCAUGGCCUCUCGGGGGCGCCAAAAAUUGGCUAAUUUUAUUUUCCUUCAAUAUAAUUGAAUUACAUGACCUUAACACUGCAUGCUCUCCUCCCAUUCCGUGUGGAAGUGGUAUAUUUUUGGUGUC